UACACGUUUGCUCAUUUUACGUACUCCCUUCCGCAUCCUUUAUGCUUGCAGCUCGAAUUGCCGCACUAUUUGGCAUGAGGUGGAUGAGGUCGGGUGCGGGUUGGGGAAGCCCUGCCUCCACACUGCACCCCCCCCAGACAGCAGGUAGGGCGGUUGCGGGUCUUACUCCAUCACUCAUCUGCCUCUUAAACGCCUCAUCUCUCACAUUUCCCGUGUUCGCGUGCUCUCCUUCCUAUUCUCCCUCUGCUGCCGCUUCACUGACCACCGGCCCCUUUCUACCGUGUCAAUGACGGCAAAGACGCUUGACCACCUCAUCCUCGUCUCUGCCCUGCAAGCCUGCUGUGACCACGCCUGACUCGCGCCCCGCCGCCCGCCCUCCGCAAGUGGGAUGAUAAGCACGUGCUCCUA